CGUCUGCUGCUGCCACUUGCCGCCUCCCUACAGUGACAGACUGGACAGUGCCCGUGGCCCCGUGCCGCUAAGGCGGGAAGCUAUUACCCAUGACGACCGCAGGCGCAGGGACGCCCUCCUGCUGCUGAUGACAUAGGAGCUCUGGCGGUGGGGAAUCGCUCUGUCUGUUUGGGCGCCAUGUCGGACUGGGAGGAAGACGUUGAUGGCGGCAACUCUGGGGCCUGUGGUGUAAGUAGGCCGUGGACACCCCCGACGCGGCAGCGGUAUGGUACGGACAGCGAGGACCGCACACAGUAUAGGGAUAGGGGGUCGGACAACCGAGGAUGGCAGCGAGAAGAAGGCGGGAGCGGGUUCCGCAGGCCGGGCACAUCCUUUGAACGGAAUCCAGGGAGCGAUGCUAAGUGGACGAGGGAAUUCAGGAGGAGCGAAGGCGGCCAGGACACCUCGUGUCCCCCGAUGUGCUUCCACCUGGACAGCUCGGUGAUCGGGAGGGUGAUAGGACGCGGAGGGGCUAAAAUAAAAGAACUAGAAGAGGCUUCUGGCUCAAGAAUAAAGAUUGUAAAAGAAGAUGUAGAUUCACAGAUAACGAUCUUUGGAAGCAGUGAACAACAAAGUAAAGCAAAAGAAUUGAUUGAUGGUAUUGUGGAAAGCUGUGAGAGGCCAGAAAGAGAUUUUGGACAGAAGUAUAGUUACUCUCCCAGUUCUGCAGAGAUGAAUGUUCAAGAAGGAUCCAGUAUAAAUUGGGCCUCACUCCGGGAAAAUAAAGCUAAAUAUGAAGCAAUGAAAUGGGCAGACAUGCCUCCAAUUGGGAAAGUUUUCUACAAAGAAUCUCCAAGCAUUGCAUCCAUGUCUGAAGAUGAAGUAACGAAUUGGAGGAAGGAAAACAAUAAUAUUAUUUGUAAAGACUUAAAAGAAGGUGAUAAGAGGCCAAUUCCCAAUCCAAUUCGCCAUUUUCAAGAUGCAUUUCAUCCAUAUCCAGAAGUUAUGUCUGCAAUAAAAAAUGCUGGGUUUGAAAGACCCACUCCAAUUCAGUCCCAGGCAUGGCCAAUCAUCCUCCAAGGAAUGGAUCUUAUUGGGAUUGCACAAACAGGCACAGGAAAAACAUUGGCGUAUUUACUACCAGGAUUCAUUCACUUAGAUCUUCAACCAAUACCCAGAAAUCAGCGUGAGGGACCCGGUAUGUUAGUUCUUGCACCAACCCGUGAAUUAGCUCUUCAGGUGAAGUCAGAGUGUUCAAAGUACAAAUAUAAAGGAUUUGAAAGCAUUUGCAUUUAUGGUGGUGGCGAUCGUAAAAAACAGAUAAAUGUGGUUUCAAAGGGUGUGGAUAUUGUCAUUGCCACUCCUGGAAGACUAAAUGAUCUGCAGAUGAACAAUAUUAUUACUCUAAAAAGCAUUACUUACUUGGUUUUGGAUGAAGCAGAUAGAAUGCUGGACAUGGGGUUUGAACCACAGAUUAUGAAGAUCAUUAUUGACAUUCGUCCUGACAGACAAACCAUAAUGACGAGUGCUACUUGGCCAGAUGGAGUUCGUCGUCUUGCGAAAUCUUAUUUGAAAGAUCCAAUGAUGGUAUACGUUGGAACCCUUGAUUUAGCUGCUGUCAAUACAGUGCAACAGAGAGUUUUGGUUAUCCCAGAAGAAGACAAGAGAGCAAUAACUCUACAUUUCAUUGAUUCCUUGAAACCUGAAGACAAAGUCUUAAUAUUUGUUGGAAAAAAAUUGAUUGCUGAUGAUUUAUCAAGUGACUUUAGUCUUCAAGGAAUCCCUGUUCAAUCAUUACAUGGUAAUAGAGAACAAUGUGAUCGAGAACAAGCAUUGGAUGAUUUUAAGAAGGGUUAUCUUACGAGUUCCCCAGGAUGUCUUCCUCUCAGGAAUUAUCUUUAUGCCACACACAGACGUAACUACAUUACGGGUUGGCUCUCUGAAUGUCGGGGGUAUUGGCACUCCGGCAAAGCGACGCAAGGGAGGGUACGAAUAUUAAUAGCUACGGAUUUAGCUUCUCGUGGACUUGAUGUGCAUGAUAUCACCCAUGUUUUCAACUUUGAUUUUCCACGAAACAUUGAAGAAUAUGUGCACAGAGUUGGUCGUACUGGUAGAGCUGGACGCUCUGGUGAAUCUGUUACAUUGGUAUCUAGAAAAGACUGGAGAGUUGCAGGAGAACUGAUAACUAUAUUAGAACGUGCACACCAAGAAGUUCCAAAGGAUUUGUUAGAUAUGGCUGAGAGGUAUGAGGAGUUUAAGAAGAGAAAAGAUGGCGAACGAGACUUGCUUCCCCGUAAAGGACGAUGGCGUGACAAUUAAUGUCCAAUGUAUGAAAAUGUCACAUCUUUGGAUGAAAAUAAUUUGUUCAUUGAAAUCCUGUUGGAUGACAAGUCUUGAAGUUGGAGUGUCUUGGUUGUUGUAGAAUUGAUGCUUCUUUUAAAGCACCUAGUACAGAGUUCUAAACAAGAUACAGUACAUUUUGUUAACCUGUAAUUACAUGGAAUCCUGUGCUAAUAAAGUUUCAGUUAUCACA